AUGCAUACACCAACUCCUCUCACCAUCUGCACUGUGCUUACUGCCCUUGCCAGUUGCAUCAUGACAUCGUGGGCUCGAGAUGCGCCCGCCAUAAAAGAUUCCACUAUCCUGCGAUCCACUGUCAGCUGUCUCGACUGCCCGGAGAGAAACUGUUAUAAGUGCACACUCGGCCAGGACAAAACCCUCAGAGCAAGCACAGGCGGCCUGGCCUGGGUGCGCUUCCUUGUUGGUUUCAGGCUCCCUGUCCCAGUUACCGAUGCAAUGAAGUGCACUGUGCAGUUUCCUGCCUUCGUUCGGCCUAAUCCGUUCGCCGUGAAUGUAACCGUUGCCCGAGCACUAUCCUCCGACUGGGAUGAAGACACAGUGGAUGGCGAGAAUGCUCCUGAAUCUGGCGAUAUCUUCAGCAGCAUGUUUCUCGAGCCGUAUCAAAACAUGCAGGCAAUGGAUAUAACUGCAGCAUGUAAGGGUGCACAGGCUGAUGGGGAGUUUUCCAUCUACGUGGGCACCCAGUCCGACAGUAUUGAGAUCUGGUCAAAGGAUGCUGAUGCUCCUGCGAUUCUCCAUGUCAUCGAGCCUGGCUGCAGAGUCUCCAAGCAGCAAAUACGGCGGCUGAGCCUCCUAGAGCACCACUCCCACAAGCUUCUCGAGCAGUAUGCAAUUCCGGUACCACACGGAUAUGUUGUCACAAACCCUGGGGAUGCGGAGGCUGUCGUGUCAUCGAUUGGUGCGCCGUCGGUUCUCAAGUCGCAAAUUCUGGCUGGAGGACGCGGCAAGGGAAGGAUGAGCAGUGACGGCAAAGGAGGCAUUCGAAUCGUAGCAACACCAGAAGAGGCGUUUCAAAAUGCGUCCAGAAUGCUUGGCCAUUACCUAACUACAAAGCAGACGCCACCAAGCGGCCUUCUCGUCAAGAAAUUGUAUAUUUAUAAAGCAGUCGAUGUCGAACAAGAGUUCUAUCUUUCAUUGACGUUCGAUCGCGAAGAAUACAGUCCUGUGAUCCUCAUCUCGGAUCAGGGUGGUGUGGACAUCGAGUCUAACCAGGACAAACUGCACAGGUUCUGGUUUAACCUUUCCCGCGGCAUCACUGCUGAGACGAUGGCCGGGAUUCAGAAGCAGUUGCGCUUCACUGAUAAAGAAAUGCCGACGAUUGAGUCGAUUAUCAGACAGAUGAUCAAGCUUUUCGAGGAGAGGGAUGCCAUUCUUCUGGAAUUGAACCCGCUUGUGCGAACGCCAGAGGGAAACUUUGUCUGUCUCGAUGCAAAGUUUGAUUUCGAUAACGCCGCCCGGUUUCGUCAACCAGAGAUAUUCAGUAAAGAAGAGCGCAUGCCGGACUUGGAAGACGAGUACGAGGCUCAGCAGCAUGGUCUAGUAUAUAUCCGCCUCAACGGCCACAUUGGAAAUAUUGUCAACGGCGCCGGACUAGCAAUGGCAACUAACGAUCUGAUCACCCUCCAUGGCGGAAAAUGUGCGAACUUUCUUGACAUAGGAGGCAAGGCUACUACUGAGACAUUGCUCAAGGCUUUCGAGAUUUUGAGCCGAGAUCAGCGUGUCCGGGGUAUUUUCAUCAACAUUUUUGGAGAGAUCUCGGAAUUUACAUCCUCAGGCUGUGACACUUCCCCCGGGAUCGCUAUGGCGCAGGAGCGCGAAUUCUACAAGUAUUGCCAGCUGCCUCAGCGUCCGGGUCUCCUCCAUCGGCCACCACCAUCUCCGCGGAGCGAAAUCAAUGCGGAACUGCUGCCACAAUCCUCACAAGACACCACUUUGACGGCGCUAGCGCAGCUCGGAGCUUUGCGAUUGAAUGCCCGACGAUGCAUGAUCUCGCUCUUUGAUCGUCACACGCAAUACAUCCUCGCCGAAUCAACUCGCACAUUGAGUCUCCAGGAUGACAGGGUCCAUGUCGAGGGUGAUGCCUUGUGGCUGGGCAGCAGUGUCAUUCCGAAACCAGAUGGGAUUUGUCACUUUUGCUGCGAGGAGGAACAGCUCAACGCCGGGGCAAAGAAUCCGAAUGGAGGAUAUUCCGCAUUGGUCAUUCCUGAUAUGACGAAGGACGACCGGUGCAGCCAGCGACAGUAUGUGGUGAACGCCCCGCAUCUGAGAUUCUACGCUGGCGUUCCCAUUAUGAGCCGUCGGGGCAUUGCCAUCGGCGCGUUCGCAGUGAGUGACGGUCAGCCUCGUGCAGGGUUAGAUCCGCUGGAUAUUCGGUUCAUGACGGACACCGCCGCCGCCAUCAUGAAUCAUCUGGAAAUGAUGCGCUCUCACGAACAGAAUCGCCGCGGAGCCAACAUGAUCGCCGGAUUGGGAAAUUUUGUCGAGGGGGCGACUUUUCCGUCCAGCAGUCUCCGAAGGAACAAACACACUCACGAUGAGGAUGAGGAACCGGAGUCAGAGAAUUUACCCAACACCAGUCCACACACGCGACGGCAUCACCAAAUACGGGCGGACGGUCGUUCCCCCCUCAAGGAACGAAGUCACCACAGGGAGGCCACUGCAUCUCCAUCAGGACACAAUGGGGGACAGGAGCCUGAGACACGGUCUCGAACCUUCCCAACACCCAGUCACCACCGUCAGCCAGAGGUCACUCUGGCAUCUGGUACAAGAGAGAUCUUUUCACGCGCGGCUCGUAUCCUUCGCGACUCGUUAGAGGUGGAGGGCGUUGUUUUCUUCGACGCUAGUGUCAAUUCUUACGCGACUUUGGUACGGAACUCGGACGGUCGUCAUUCUGACAUCGAGAGCAGUAGCAGCACAGCAGACGCCAAUUCCAGCAGCGACAGUGACAAUCCGACUACCGGACACUCAUCGACGGAAACGGACGAUUCCACCGUGUGUGAAGUGUUGGGACAGUCCACUGCACAGGGGGAUUCCGAGAAAUCGAUCGGGCUAAUGAGAGAGUCGUUUCUUCGAUCCCUCCUCCGUUAUUAUCCCCGCGGCGCCAUCUUCAACAUCGAUGAGAACGGUGGGGUGUCAUCCAGUGAAGGAAGCGACAGUGCCUCCGGAAGCUACGUCUCUCGAGAGAUCGUUCAUCGUCGUAACGAGAGCUCCAUGGUUCAGCGACACUGGAAACAGAGAAAACGAGAGCGAGGGAGUCUCAAGGAAGAGAACAAGACCCUGAUCAAGGUGUUCCCUGCGGCCCGCAGUGUGACCAUGUUUCCUCUCUGGGAUUCACGGCGCAAUCGCUGGUUCUCAGGGCUCUUUGUGUGGACGACUGCGCCGCGCGUCUUCAGUCUGACAGGCGAGUUGGCCUAUCUCUACGCCUUCUCCAACAGCAUCAUGGCUGAGAUCCAUCGGCUGGAUAUCGAGCUGGCGAACAAGGCGCACGCCACUCUCGUUGGCAGCAUCUCUCAUGAAUUGCGCAGUCCACUGCAUGGCAUUCUCGGCAGUACGGAAUUACUGACCGAUUCCACGAUGACGCCCGCCCAGGUCGCUCUUGUCAAUACGAUUGAGCACUGCGGUCGGUCGCUGCUUGACAUCAUCAACAAUAUGCUGGACUUUGCCAAGAUCAACCAGUUCACUCGUAAAUCCCGAUCAUCUCGGUUCAAAUCUACGCACGCCCCUCGUCGGCGGCCAGGGUUACCUGCCCGUAUCUCGUCCAAAGACAAACCUGGUUUAGGGGUGGUCAAUCUGAUCUCGGAUGUUCAGCUGGACGCAGUGCUGGAAGAAGUCGUGGACAGCGUCUUUGCCGGUCAUUGCUAUUCCGCCAAGGGCGGCCUCCUUGCCCGACCGGCUCCGCUGGUUCCUGCCCGGGAUACCGAUGGAGAUUUGGUUAUGAAAGGUACUGCCGAGCGACCGCUUUCUGCUUUUAAUGAAUCACUCACCAUCAUCUACGACGUCGAGCCUGGUGUGCAAUGGUUGUUUGAAACACAGGCCGGUGCCUGGCGCCGGAUCCUCAUGAACCUCUUCGGUAACGCCCUCAAGUACACCCGCUCGGGUUACAUCUAUGUGACGCUGAAGUGUAACUCGUCAUCGGCGUCCAACUCGAAGACCAAACGAUUGUCCCGUGGAGACGGGACACGGGAGGACAUGGGCAGCGUGACUUUGACGGUCAAAGACACCGGGCAGGGCAUCGACAAGCAAUAUCUGCAGAGCAAUGUGUUCAAGCCCUUUUCGCAGGAAGAUCCUCUCUCUCCGGGCAGUGGCUUGGGCCUCAGCAUUGUCCAUCAGACGGUGGUAUCACUGGGUGGCAAAGUCGACAUCGCCUCGACCAAGGGCGUCGGGACUGAGGUGACGGUCACGAUGGAUCUACCACGGACUCCUCAGGCAGAAGUCGCGGAUAACGAACGCGACACCAGUAUUGUCCGCAAAGCCAAAGACCGAGUACGUGGCAAGUCGAUUGGACUGAUUGGGUUUGGCUCGUCCUCACGAGAGGAAGAUGAAGCUCUUGUUCUCUUGCGCUCCUCGCUUCUUCGCAUGUACAAGGAGCAUUUCGGGAUGGAAGCCGGUCUCGUGUCGUCGGAUGUGCCGGAUCACCAGUCGUAUGACUUGUAUCUGGUUCGACAGGCAAACCUCGACGAAGUGGAUCAGAUCUGUCGGCAGGUGACAAUGGCCGAGAGUGACUCGCGCAGCCCGCCGAUGAUUGUGAUUUGCUCGACACCUCAGAUGGCGCAAAAACUAUCCACCACCGCAAGUCAGCGACCGUCGACGUCAAUCUACGAGUUCAUCAGUCAGCCAUGCGGACCGUCCAAGAUGGCCAAUUCCCUUCUGGCUUGCCUCAAGCGCCAAAGGGAACGGCCCUCUCAUAUUUCGAUUGGCGGGAUUGACACAGCCUUGCUCACCGCGGCUCAAGCCGGCAAAGCUAUGCGGCAGAAUGAGAACGUGUCGCGCGUCGACUUCUCCUUGACGCCGGAGAAGACCACAGUUUCAGUGACUACCUCUAACGUCGAUGAUUCGGUUAUGGAAGUUUCGAUGAUAGAGGCAACGAGGAAGGCCCCCUCCGUCCUCUUGGUUGACGACAACGACGUGAAUCUGAAGCUGUUGGUUGCUUUUAUGAAAAAGGCCAAGUUUCCUUACCACACGGCUUCCAAUGGGCUCGAGGCUCUGGAAGUGUACAAGACGAAUUUCGGGCAGAUUCCAGUUGUCCUCAUGGACAUCUCCAUGCCGGUCAUGGACGGUCUCGAGGCAACGCGGGAAAUCCGCCUGUUCGAGAAGAUGCAUCGUGAAGGGAGCACGAAUGCUGGCCAUUCGUGCGUCAAACCCACGACCGUCAUCGCCCUGUCGGGUUUGGGCAGCGCCCCGGUCCGGCAGGAGGCCUUUAAUUCCGGCAUUGAUCUCUUCCUGUCGAAGCCGAUCCGCUUUCAGGAAUUAGUCAAGCAGAUCGACGAGCUCAUGCGUUGA